GGAGAAACACUUGCCAAUUAUUAAGAAUUUAUUAUUUAGAAGCUUUUUAACAUUAGAUUAUAAGAAAUAUUUUAUAUUUAGAAAUGCUAAAAAAAACUGCAGAGCUGGGAAUACAAAUGAGUUGCAGAAUAUAGGCAUUUGUCCAAUGCUACAUAGGAAUUAAGCUUGGUUCUAACUCUGAUCAGACAGACACAUAGAAAAGGACAAGGGAGUUAAAAUAGGUUGAGAAUUGAAUUAAAUCCACCAUAGAGGUUUACCUGACAGAUCAAGAUGAACCAAGAGCCUCUGGGUUAUUCUUCUGCUAAUUAUCCAUUCAACUUUGAGUAUCCUCUGUCCACAACAAGCAAGGCCACGAACUUAACUGAAAUAAUUCCAGCAAAGAAAAUAACCUUCUACAAAAGUGGUGACCCUCAGCUCACUGGAGUGAAGAUGACUGUAAACAAACGGACCUUCAAGACCUUUGAUGCACUCUUAGAUGAUCUCACCCAGAAGAUUUCACUUCCAUUUGCUGUACGAACAGUGACUACCCCUCAUGGUAUUCACAACAUCAACAGCUUAGAGCAGUUGGAAGACGGAGGGUCAUAUAUCUGUUCUCAUAAAAAAUAUGUCAAACCAAUCAAUAUGGACUUAACUGGCAGAAAGCCAGCUACAUGGCAGGGCGUUAACCCACGGAGUACCCGUCGACAUACUAGAAAGGGAGGAAAGCAGGAAUAUGGUGAUGUACACCACACUCAAACGGGCCAUAAAAAUAUAAUUCUUAUUAAAAAUGGGAAUGUUGACAUUUAUUACUCAAUUGUUCUUCACAAGAAAAAUACUCACAAUUUCAGAAGCUUUCUUGAUGAAAUCUCUGAGCUCAUGCAGUACAAUGUAAAGAAACUUUAUACAAUGGAUGGAAAAAAUGUUGACACUCUGCAAGCUCUUUUUCAUUGCCCUGGUGUUCUGAUAUGUGUUGGUCAUGAAGCACUCGAACCAAUUGUGAAUGAAAAAUUCAGAAGACUUUCUGAAAAGCAGCCUGACUUGUCAAGGCAAUCUCACGUUGAUAACCAAUCCAUUGAUUUGAAGACAAAUGUUAAUUUUGGAUUAGAAGCCAAGAAAAGUGUAAUACAUCCCAGAUCACCUUCCAGAUCAUCCAGACUUUCAUUAUCACCAGAUAAAUCCUAUACUAAUGGCUUGAACAUGUCAUCAAGUAACAAUGGUUAUGCUUCAGUUGUAAACUCGCUCCCACGCAAAAAAAGAGAAAUUACUGAUUCCAUGAUAGAUGAUAACAUUGAGAAGAAAGUGCAUGUGAACAAAGAUGGAAGUCUUUCAGUAGAAAUGAAGGUUCGUUUUCGUUUGCUCAAUCGUGAGACACUUCAGUGGUCAACACAGAUCAGGAGGUCCAGUUUAAAAGGGAAAAGCAGUAAUGAACUUUUAUGUGCCACCGAACAGGUUGAGGAAGUAAAUGCUGACAAUGGCAGUGAAUCAUUUCAUCCAAGCAAUUCUGAUGAUAUUUAUGCUUCAAAGCUCAAUGGAGCUGAAUCUGAAGAAAACCAUUGUGAGAACUGUUGCAAACAUGAUCAGGGGUAUGAUAUUUGGAAAAAUCCAUUGUAUGAUGGUCAAAUUAUAGAUGAAAACUCGAUAAAAAGCACUGCCACUCAUUCUUCUUUCUCAAGUUCAUCACCUUACCAUAAAGUUAUCUACCAGAGGAAAUCCACUGAGAGCAUACAGACAACAUCUAGUGAAGAAUAUUCAAAACAUUUUGUACACCAGCAGGCCAAAAACAAAUCAAAGACUGUUCAAAAUGGAAGCAGAGGAGUAGAAUAUCGUUCUGUCAGUCACUGCAGUAGCCAAACUGGUAGCUGCACAUUUGAUUCUAAAACUGCAAGAUAUUGCAAAAGUACAGCAUCUAUUUCCAGAAAUCAUAGUGGCAGUAGCAACCAUCGUUUAUCAUGUUUUUCUACAGGUAUUAGUUACCAAAACUUGCAUGAUGGACCAAUUUCUUGUGUUUCACCAAACAAUUCCACAGUUUGUUUGAAAAGGAAGGUUGUGGUCAAAAACAUAAAUUUAGCAGAAAAUGUUGAUCCAGCAACAUCAUGCACCAACUCAGAGGAAGCUUCAAUUGAUUUAAAAGAAGUUGAUUGUACUGCAGCAGAUGAUGAGCAUGAAAAUAAUGCCUCUGAAGCAUUUCAUUGCUUGAAAUGCAACAAACAAAUCGAAGGCCAGGGUAGUUCAGAAGGAAGAGAUCAGAAUGUACCUUCAAAUUGUUCCAAAGAUUCAGCUGAUGACUGUAAAGAAUCAACUGCAUUGAACCAUUUAUGUUCAAGCAAUGCAUUGCACUGUUCCCAUCAAUUCAAUGGGAAAAAAAAUGCCAUUACGAAUGCUGGAUGUGCUGAUGGAAUCAAAGUGGUAUCGAAUGACUCCCUCCAUGAUGAUAAAAGUAUAAAUAGAGAAACAUAUGAAAACAGUAUAUCAGAUAGUGAUAUUUCAUUAUGUUCAGGAAAAUCCGAAACUGACUUGAAUAUAUCAGAAAGACAAUCUUUUCCUGAAAUCCAGGGUACUAGUCAUGAGAUACAUUUCCAAAAUAAUGACACGCAUGGAAGAUCAGUAAGAAACACAAUUCACUCACCUUCCAAAAGAAGCAAUGAGUAUACAAAAAAUAUGAAUACAGAAGAAGGCCACUCACAUCCUGUUCUCUCCUGGUCAUCAACAUCUUCAGCAGGACACAAGAAGCCACCAACACUCGCUUCAGGUAAAGACAGCAAUGCAUCAUCUUCAGGAAACUUGAGUGAAAUGAAUAAAGUGAAACCAAGAUUUCAGUCAACUGCUUCCAUUCAUUCCAAACAGUCGUCACUGAGCGGCCAUGCAGAAGUUAUUCUGACAAACUCUAUUAACAAAAAUAAAAUAUCAUCCGACUCUGAUUCGUUAAAUCCUUGCAGCUCUAGCAAUACCAGUAGAAGUAAAAGGGCCAAGUCAGAAAUUGAGUACAGGCCUUCUACAUCUGUCUCUGAUAAUUCAGAUCCAAAUUUAGAACCUGGUGAAGGAAACACAAGCAAUGAGGAUAAAAUGCCAAAUUUAAAAACAUUAGGUUUUUCAGAAGAUUUGCAAUUGGAAACCAACAUAAAAAUGGAGCCUGAGACAUGUAAAUCAGCUUGCAGCAAUCUAUCUACAGUUUCUAAAGCAUCGAGAGAAAAUACUGCAAAUGAAAAUCAAGAACAAAAUCAUAUUGAAAAUGAAUUUCAUCGAACUGAUAUUUCAAAAUUAUCAAAGGUAACAGAGGUAGAGAAAAUUUUCUCUGUUGAGAAUGUGCCCCUGUCAUUUGCACAACAGCGAACAGUAGGUGGUAUAACUACCAAACAGGUAUUAUUGGAGCCUGCACUCAAGAGUAAAAGCAGUACAACUACUGAUAAAGUUUCAGGUCAAAAAUCACCCACAUCUAGGCUAACAACCUCAACAUCCAAUCCAAGUGAAAAAAGCACCACUAAUAAACCUCACAAAGUAAAUGUCAACAAAAGUGACAGUGACAGAAAGAGUGAAGAAGUGGAUAGUAAUGGAAAAUGUAAGGAUAGAAAUAAUAAAAAUAAGAAUAAAAAUAAAAAAUCCACAUGUACUAGUGUAGUCACCUGUGAAAAUCAUGAUCUUGUACCUAGUGUACUCCCAAAUGCAUCAUUUGAAGAUAUUGUUCAUGAAUGGCUGAAAAAAAUUCCAUCUGAAAACAUGCUUGUGAAAUAUGACAACACAGAGGAAUUCCAAGACAAGUGUGAAAAAUCUGCAACAGAAGUGAUGCUAGAAGAACAAAAAAGCAACACAGAAGCUAUAACAACAUUAGAACUGAAACCAUUUGGAAUUGAAUCUACUGUAAGUGAUCAGAAAUCAAAAGAGAAAAAUGAUUUGACGAUAGUAAGGUUGGAAAAUAGUGGAAGACUAACAGCAGAAGGUAAAAGUUCUGGCCAAGAGAUGGUCAAAGAGCUGGAUGUUUUACAGGCGAAGCCAAUUAAUUUUUCCUGUUCUGUACCAGCCACAACCAAUCAGCUGCAUGAGAGCAUUUUGCCACACAACAUGCAUUCCCCUGUUGAGGCCAUAAAAGUCCUUCUUUCUUCUAGACAGAGAAUAAUGUUGGAGCGAUCAAGCAGUCUGCCAAGUUUAAACCUUACAUUUGAAAGAAAUCUAAGCCAUUCAGCUAAGUCCCUGUUGACAUGCCUUGCCAGUUUUCAAUUUUUUAACAAACAGUCUUCAGAUCAUAAAAACAAAUUAAAUGAUACGAAUAGUGCUGCACAGAAAGAGAUUGUAAGUGACCUAAAGUCACUCCAGUUUACUGAUAUCAUGAAAGAAGGUGAGGGAAAGGAAUCACAAACUGCUGAAAAACAUUCUAAAACAUUUAAAGGCCACAAUUCAGCAGAUGAUAAUGUCACCCCACUGUCUUCCUCAGGAGUGGAUAUCAAUAGUGGAUCUGGAGGAUCAGGAGAUGGUAGCAUGGGUGGAGCAACUGCUGUCUCUCAAACAGUAGAGAAAAAGAAAUGUGACUUGUAUUUAAAUGCCCAUUCUAACAAUGAAGGCAAUGUAUCAGAACAAAAUCAAUUUUCUUUAAUGAAAAGCUCAGUUGAUGAAAUUUCUGAGAUACAAAAUAAACAGAAUGAUGAAACUGAAGAAUACUCAAUAUCAUUUGCUGAUUCAACAAAGGUUAAUACUUCCUGUAAAGAACCAAAGUUAAGAAAAUCCAGGAAUACAAAUAGCAAAUUAGAGGAUAAUAAUAACAUUGAGGAAAGAUCCCUUUCAAGAAACUCAAGAAUAUCACAGUCAGAUGUUACACCAUCCAGUCCAGUCACUCCAGACAUAGCUUAUCGUGUUCAGUGGAACAGCGGGGAACAAAGUGAUAAUGGUGAGGACUUGAAUGAAAAUAUACACAUCAACAGUAGGCAAAGCCCAGAGGACACAAAUCAAGACUUCAAGAAGCAAUCUGCUUCAGACAUAGAGAGAAUGAAACCAUCUGCUGGAGCCAGCUGUGACUUGGAAAAAAAUGUUCAUCUGACGAUGGCACAAGACCAUAAUGAGACAUUGCAUGAAGAUUAUUCUGAGAAAGGGCAACAUGUAUAUAAAAAAGAAAUAGAAAAAUGUGAGGAUGCCGGAGUAAUAAAAUCAUCACAGCAAAUAAUAGACCACCAUUGUGGAGCACAAGCUGCUAUAGCAGACCAAGAACAUGAACCAACACAAAGGAAAUCAUUUAAUCCUGAUCCAGCCUGGUUACUGAAACUGCUGAAAAAAAUAGAAAAGCAGUUCAUUACAGAUUAUAUACAUGCAAUGAAUGAAUUUAAAAUUAAGUGGAAUUUAGAAGCUGAUGAUAGAUUAGAUCUGAUGAUUGAAGAGCUAAGAGAAGAUGUUAGUAGGAGAGUCCGAGGAAGCGUUGAAAGAGAACUAAGAAAGGUCCAAUGUAUAGCCAGAAGAAUCAAGCCAUCACCUCCAAAAGAACCACGUAGAUGUGAGUCAUCUGAACAAACAGAACAACGAUGUAAACGGCUAAAGGCUAUGCAUAAAAUGCAAAUAUUUUCUCCGCAGCCUAAGAAACCAGAGCAUCAAUGUAGCACAAAAGAUACUUCUCUAAUAAGUGAUGAGGUGUUGACUUUUGAAGAAAUGUUAGGUGAUAAUACUGAUGCAGAUGAGCAAUUUAGCCUUGAUAAGUUCUGUCCUUGUGAUUUGUGCACAGAGAAAAAUAAGGCUCCAAAAUAUGCAACAAAUUCAAUGCAUACAAAUAUCCCUAUUUUUAAAGACUUUGACCUGAGAGAGAUCCUUAGGAUAAAGAUGAAUAAACCUAAUAAUCAACUAAAGGAACAGGUCACUGACAUAGAUUGGUCUGGGCAAUUAUUGGAUUUGGAACUUAAUAAUCAUGAUUGUGCUGCGAGUGAAUCCAUCAAACAUGUUCAAAACAGAAUAGAACAUGCAAUUCAACAUGUUGAACCAAUGAACAUGAGUCAAGAAAAUGUAGUUUUGAAUAAUGAAUAUCAAAAUCACAAAUUAGAUAGAACUUUGGAACAGGUUAAGGAGAAGAUGCCAAGUAGUAAUCAUGUGGUUGGUUUGAAAUUGAAGGAAACUGAUCAGAGGAGCAAGCAAGUAGAUAAAUGCACAGGUGAUAUUGAAUGUAAAAGUGAAGGAGGUGGAGACUCAUUAAAUACAACAUCAGAAGGUGCCCUGGAACCGAAUGAAGAUGAAGUAAGUGAUGUCUAUAAAGAUGAAAAUGAACACAAAAACAACAAAGAAGAGUCUGAAUUUAUUGUGUGUGAAACUGAUUACACAGAACACAAUAAGGAAAUGGCUAGUACUGCAAGUAUGCAAUGUGGGAAACAGGAUGUAAAAGAUAAUGAAUCAGGCAACAAUACAGAUCCUGAGAUGAAAACUAACAAAUUAGAAGAACCACAUUCUAUUGACAGUCAACAAGAGUACAAGAUUUUAGAAACUGAUGUAAGAGACGCUAUGGAGAAUAACAGUCAAGUGCUACACAGAACUAAACAUGUGGAUAAUGAUCUCUCAGAACUUUCUGAUGAGUUUGUAAAAUCUAAUGUUAUUAAAAAUCCAAAUGAAGGUGGGUUAGAUGUCAUGAAUUCAAAAGAAUCUCUGGAACAGAGUGAUUCAUUAGUUGUUAUUGGUUGCCCACAGCAUUCUGGCAGUGGAGUAACAGAAGAUUCUGCGAAGGAGGACAAUGUUAGUGGUAACAUUCUGGCUUACACUAAAGAAGCUACAAGUAGCAGCUCAAACAGUCGAGGAAACAAAUCCUCUCAUCAAAUGUACCCAGAAAGUUCAUCAGAUGAAGAUACAAAAAGUAAUUACACAAGUUCGGAAAUACCUGGAGAUGAGAAAGAUGCAGGCAACACUUCAGAUCCAGAUGCAGAUCAAAAUGCUUCUCUGAGAAACAGAUCAAAGCCUGGUAACAGCGUGUUCGAUGAGGAUGAUUUAGAUUUUUAAGUAUUCAAAACACCACUGACAGUGAUUAUAAUCAGAAUGCUUUUGUUAUUUAAAGAAAUUAAUUUUAACAACUAAAAUAUUGAUUUUAGCUGUUAGGAGAAUAUCUAUUUGUAUUGUUAGAAAUGUUCAGUAAAUGGAUCAUCAAAUUUUACGUAAUUUAAACAGUGGUUCCAGGCCCUUGAGCUCAAUAUAAGCAUGGAUGGAGACUCCAGUCCUGUUCAACUAUUCAAAGGAAGCAACUAAUGAAAUUGCAAAAAUACUUGAUUACCAUGUUCAAAUUGAACCUGGAAGCCACGUGGACUGAUUGAGCCAAACAGAGUUUCUGUUGUUCCGAAGAUGGGUCACUGGACCAGAAAUGUUAACUGUUUUUUUUAAGGUUUUGUUUUCUUUCUGCAGAUGCGGAUGGACAUGUUGAGCUUCUCCAGCAAUUUCCUUUUGUGUUCUAUGCUGUGUAUCCCAUUUAAUUGUAUGCAAUUAAUGAAUUAGGUGGUAGCAUUUCCAAACAUAUUGGGCUGAAUUUCCCCAGGACUUUGGAGGUUGGAGUACAAGAAAAUAAUGAAAAUAAAAGCGUUAGGGCAGUUUACCAAUGCGGUCCUGGCCUGGCCAAUUUUCCUAGAAUAAAAUGAGUCUAUGCCGGCAUUAAUUUACUUAUUGGAAUUGGGCAUCACUGGCUGACCAGCAUUUAAGAUUAGAUUCCCUACAGUAUGGAAAUAGGCUCUUCGGCCCAACAAGUCCACACCUUCCCUUGCAACAUCCCACCCAUACCCAUUCCCCCUAUAACCCACACACCGCUGAACACUACAAGCAAUUUAGCAUGGCCGAUCCACCUAUCCUGCACAUCUUUAGACUGUGGGAGGAAACCGGAGCACCUGGAGGAAACCCACACAGACACGGGGAGAAUGUGCAAAUUCCACACAGACAGUCGCCCGAGGCUGGAAUCGAACCCAGGUGCCUGGCGCUGUGAGGCUGCAGUGCUAACCACUGAGCCACUGUGCUGCCCCUAUAACAUUGUCCUUGAGAAGGUGGUGGUGAGUUGCCUUCUUGAACAGCUGCAGUCCCCCUGCUAUGUGUUGAUACACAAUGCCAUUAGGGAGGGAAUUCCAGGAUAUUGACCCAGCAACAUUUAAAAGAAUGAUGAUACAUUUCCAAGUCAGAUGGUACAUGGCUUGGAGGGGAACUUAAGUGUGGUGGUGUUCUCAUGUAUCUGCAACUCACUCACAAGAAUAAAAAGUUGGAGACUUGCUGUCUUGAAUCAAAAGUCAGCUGUGCAGUACCCACACGAAAUAGCUGACCUCAUCUAUAACAGGCUAUAAUAAGUUACUGUAUUUUUUUUGGAGUUGAAGCAAAAUGUUUGGAAUUUAACACCCCCCCCCCCCCCCGCCUCAAGCAGCAAUCGCAAUAAUCAUGACUGCAGUGAUUCAGU